UAUUAAUAUAUAAAAAAUAAAAAUAAAAUGAAAAAACGACAGUUGGGUUGUGCCUUACGAUGACAUAAAAGAAAAAGUUCUUAUUCGAAAAUUGAUAAAUUACAAUGUAAAAAAAGAAAAAAACACGAUGACAUGAAAGAAAACGAAGUCAAAGAUUAGUAAACUACAAUCCAAACAAAAGUUUUGAAAAUAAUUCAAUAAAAAAAUGAGAGUAAUUCUAAUCGUAACAAUUAAUUUAUUGGUUGCUGUAGCGUUAGAAGACCAUGAAUUAACAAUAAGAACAACAAUAAACAUAACCGACGAUCAAACAAAUUCUUCUCAUUCAGAUGUUAAUUUUCCGUGCAAGAAACAUCCUUCUACAAGAAAUAUUCUGUUAGCAACGUUAUGCACUUUUGUUUGUAUAUUUGGCAUCUUUGGAAAUGCCCUUAGUAUUGGCGUUAUACUUUUGACAAGAGAUUUAAGAAAUAAAUGUGCUUAUUACUUUAUAGUUUCACUUGCGUCUGCUGACAUUGGAGUUUCAAUUUUUGUCACAUCUUUAAAGAUAGAUAUGUACAGGCAUAAUCAAAACUUUUGUUUAGGAAUUGAAAUGUGUUACCUUUUUGUACUAACAGAUUUUUUGUUUCCCAUAGCGUCAAUCACGCACCUUCUUGUAAUUGCUAUUGAUAGAUGCGUUGCUAUAACACGCCCUUACUUUUAUUCUCUAUAUUUUACGGAAAGAAAAGGAAAGUUAAUUGUAUGCAUUAUUUGGUUAUGGUGCAUAUUAUGGGCGUGUUUAGGGGUGUUAUCUUGGGAAGCCCCAUCAAAACAAUAUAUCAAAAUUGUUGAAAGAAAUGGACGAUUUUGUUACAACCCAAAUAAAUACUACAUAACGGUUAUGCUCUCGGUGAUAAUUAUAAUACCAACACUAAUGGCUUUUUUUCUAUAUAUGAUUAUUUUGCGAAUAGCAAUAAAGCAAGAAAAAUUUAUUGCUAAAAUGAGCGCAAGCUCGCUUAAAAAGCGACAUAUUGAGAUGAAAGCAACUAAAAUGGUUGCACUCGUAUUUGCAUUUAAUGUUAUUUGCUGGGUGCCUCAUUUUGUUAUCAUCUUAUUGCAAUAUUGGAAGCUUGAUUUACUUCAAAAAUUUGAUUCUAACCAUCCCGCACUAUAUAAUAUAGUAACAUCUAUAUUUAACUAUGUUCUGCCUACUAUAAACAGUUGCGCAAACCCUUUUUUAUAUUUUUUAGCAGGUUCUCAUUUUCGAAACGCGCUUCAAGACAUAAUACGCAAAAUCGGAAAGAAAUCUCGUUGUAAAUAUGAUACGUAUGGAGAUGUGUCUAAAUUUACUUCAAUAUAUGGAGUUCGCUCAACACAAAAACUUUAUCGUCCAGCUUACACAAGCAAUUUACAACACGAAAAUGGGAUCUGCAACUCAAAUGAUUUAUUGAGUAUUUAGAUAAGUGUAAUAUUGUUGUUUUGAACUUUAAAGUGGCAUGAAAUAUUUUGUUGUAAAUGGCACAAAAAAGAUAUUUUAGAUUAUAAAAAAUUUCAUACUUUUACAAAUCUAUAAAAGCACUUCAGAUCUAUAAAAUUUUACAUAAUGUAAUGACGAAGUUAUAAAAUUUGACUUCGAAAUGUAAUUAUUUUUUGUUUUUUGAGUGGCGCAAAACUUAAAUAAACUAAAAAGUAAUAAUAA